CGAGGCCGUCACUCCCACCGAGCACCUCUUGCAUGCGCUGGCAUAAAAAACAAAUCCGUGAAAAAUCGUGCAUUUUGGAUUUUGUCGUCCCAAUUUCCUUUUUGCAUCGAGCAUUCCUGUGCUCUUUGUGUAUCGCGGCGUACCGAGGAUUUCGGGGCAAGAAAUAAGGGCAGCCAGUGACAACUGACUCAGCAAAAUUUUGUCCGCGACUGAACUGCCCGCAUUCGAUCAUCGCCCAGCGACAGCCGUUGCAGGAAGCAAAGCAACCGAAACCACCACCACAUCGUUCUUCAAUCUUCGCUUCUGCGUCCAAUCACGAGGUCAGCCAUCGUCGCAGGCGACAGACCAACUCUUAGAUCCCCCCGCUGGACCGAUCCUGCACAUGCAUCUGCCGCCUCGCAAACCAUUGCAAUUGGCAAGAUGGCGGAGCCGGCGCAACCACAGCCCAUGUCGAUACCGACAACAGACAUUAAGGAGGAACACGAUUUGAUGGGCCUCGAAGGCAUCGACUUUAGUCUUCCGCCAGAGCUUUCUUCAAAACGACCCCUCGAGGAAGAGCCUGUUCCCAGCACAGAAAACCCAGAUGCUAAACGAUUAAAAGCCGAGACGCACCAGGCCGAGGAUUCGCUGGAAGAUGGGCUUGCGCUGCUCGUGCAGAACGCGCUGUCCAAUGUUGGCGAUCUUGUCGACCAGUUUGGUCCGCCGCCCGACGAGCCUCCUACUACCGAAGACGUGAUGGAUUUGGAUGCCGUGUCGGCUUUGGACUUGCCACAGCCAGCACCGACGUUUUAUGAGGAGCCGUUAAAGUAUAUUCGUCAUGCGCAAUCGCAGACGCUGAUUAACCUCACAUUUUCUCUACUCUACGCAUUUGUCCAACAUCAACCUGUCGAAGAGCUCAUGAAGCUGAUGAAGGAUGGCCAAUCCGAGCACUGCAAAUCAUAUAGGCAGCUGCGUCGCGUCUUUAGCAGCAGUCUCGCCACCUUUUCCGAUAACUCGCUCCUGACUGUUGCUGACCUGGAAGGCCUUGACGAUUGCCAGGCCGCAAUCGACCUUAUUAACCUCGCCCAAUUCCUCUCGUGGCUUGUCGACGACACAACAGAGUCCUAUUCAGAAGCCAACACACACUUCUUCACCAUCUUCCCCAUGCAAUUCUCAGAGCUGCCGCACGGCGCAUCAGAUGCCCUCCUCGCCAUUCGCACACAAUUCGCCAUAAAGAAGCUCGUCUCAAAAGCUGAGGGGGUUUCCAUCGCACAAGUUCUACAGGAGAAUCUUGUCGAUGGUUUAGAAGAGAAGCUGCGCGCUCAGCACGGCGGAACAGCCAUGACAGAACAGGAGACGCCGUUCGUUGAGACCGCCAAGGCGAGAAAAGCAUCUCUUGAGACAGAUACAAGGGAGCAGAUCAACAUUGUAUCCCUGCGUGAGAAGCAUCAACCGCAAAUGCCGUUGCAGAGCCUUUCCAAUUAUGUGAAGAGCCGCCUCGUCGCCCACUCUGACCUCGCUAGCAAAUUCGGAAUCUCAAUUGAGCUGCCUCCGGAGCCAAUUGACAUUGAGUCGUUUGCCGACUCCAUGGGAGAUGCUGAGCUUGAUUUGGAUGACCUCUCUUCGUUCUUUGAGAAGACUGCGUCUGGUCUCGUACAGGAUGCGCUUGCUGGUCUUACUGAACAAGAGACUGGCGAGGGCUCUAACAAUCAUGCAGAUGACAAGGCAAACGGCGUCGCAAAGGCGAAUGGCAAGCCCGACUUUAUGACAGACUACAAGGAGCUCGAAGCCCUUGUUGCAGAGAGCACGUCGAACUAUGUCAAGACAACCCUCCAUGGUUUGUCCCCAGUACCGUACCAGCCCACAGUCCCGGCAAGCACAGCUGAAAGCAUGACAGCACAACUCCCAUACCUCGCUCAACUCCAACAACACCAAGCACAACACCCAUACUACACUUUCAGCCAGCCGCCCAUUGUCGAGCAACCUCCGUCACAGCCCGUUGCUGGUGAAAACCUCCCCCCGAACCAGACCUUCCCUAGCGCGAUACUAUAUGACAAGGCACGACAGGCAGCACUUUCAAAGUCUUCUGCACACACCCGUCGCGAAGGCCUCCACUCGACGCGCCGUCCCUGGACUCAGGAGGAAGAAAAGGCACUCAUGGCUGGUUUGGACAUGGUCAAGGGCCCUCACUGGAGCCAGAUUUUGACCUUGUUCGGCCAGAAUGGUACCAUUUCCGACAUACUCAAAGACCGAACACAGGUGCAGCUCAAAGACAAGGCUCGCAACCUGAAGCUGUUCUUCCUCAAGACCAACUCUGAGAUGCCUUACUACUUGCAAGCCGUCACCGGAGAGCUCAAGACUAGAGCACCCACUCAGGCUGCUAGAAAGGAGGCUGAAGAGCGUGCUAGGCUGAACUCCGAAGAAGACCAAGCGAAGCUGCAGGGCAUCAUGGCCUUGGCUGGCGGUUUGCAACAUCCUCAACACCGAACCGGUACGCCUGGUGCCGGCGGUGUUACCUCUGGAGUGCUCACGCCUGCCCAAGCGGCCAGUGCUGCGCAAGCAAGACCGGGCAAUGCCGCUGUCGCCCCUCGAACUGUUGCCCCAGCCCCAGGCCAGCACGGCGUACAAGCUGCCGGGCGUCCUCAGACUGGACUCCCACCACAUGUGCCUCGACCCCAAGCCCAGCAAGGCCAAACAGGUCAGCCUGGCCAGCAGCAGGUGCAAAUUCAAAUGCAGCAGGGAUAUGGCCAGCAGCCUCAGCAGCAUCAACAGAUCCGCCCUGCGCAGCCACAACAGGCCCAGCCUGGACAGCCCGGCGCUCGCCCUGCAGUUCAGCAGAAUGGUGCCAUGGCUGCUCCUCAGCAAAGACCUGGUGUUGCUGCUCCCGGGGCUAUGCCCCAAGGUCAAGUUGGCCAAGUCCAGGCACAACGGCCGCAGAAUGCCACUGCAAGCCCAGGAGCUGUUGGCAUGAAGCUGCCCCAGCAAGUUCAGCAGCCUCAAGUGCAACAAGCACAGCAUCAACCACAGCAUCAACAGCCGCAACAGCAACAGCAACAACCACAGCAGUCACAGGCAGCACCGAGCCAACCCAAGCCCGCAGAGCCUAAGCCUGCCGAAGUGAUGCCCAUGUCGCAAGAGGCCGCCCAGGAAGCCAUGAAUGCCGCCGAGGCAGCUCUCCUUGAAGAGCUCAAGGCUGUAUCAUAGGCUGAUCACAGUUGAAGGCUUAACAUACAGGAUACGCAGAAGCGUGUAUAUACAUAUAUAGUACUACUACUACUCACAGCGCACCGGAUUACGACUUUGAACGAAUGGCGAUGGGGUUUCCCAAAAAUGGGGUAUUAUGAUGAAAAUGCAGGGCGCAAUGUUUUUGUCAUAGUGUAUUCUCUUUUCUUCUUCACGUUUUGCAGUCCCUUUUCUCUUGGUAUUUUUGGAUGCUUUUUUUUUUUUAAGUUGCGUGAUUCUGGGAGACGGAUACGAUACCACCACGACGCCUGUAUUUGCAAGGGGUUUUAUAGUUAAUAGGAUAGGCGCGCCAAGCAAUCAAUGCACAUUUUGUUUUUUAUUUAGAAAUGGUUUCUACUGUUAUUUGGUGAAUAUGUGUAGUCUUUUCUUGUAGCUCUUAGUCUUUGUAUGCGGGGUUUGAGAGAGGUGGUAGUAGUUAGCAUGUGGUAUCAAAUGACAUGCAUUUUGAGUAGAUGGGUGCACAUGACCAACGCACCUUUCACGCGACGUGCGCAAAAGCAUAUGAUACGCGUCUUGGGAUUCAGGACGCGUUCUCUGAAACUGGAAUUAGAGUUUUUGUAUUUUACACUGCUGUGUUUAGGGGAGCACAGGCUAGUGGUGUGCAGCUAUGAGAGUUGCCUUUGGCAGUUGAGGUUGCGAUAUAGCUAAGCAGUUCUGUAUACUACUUUUCGAUAUUGGUGUGUAUAAAUAAAUA